CCAAAUCAAAGCUAUAGCUUAAAAUUAGGUUUGUAAAAUAAUGAGAUACUACUUAAAUAAUAAACUUGCUCAAUUUAAUUCUGAAGGGAAAUUUGAAUUUCCCGGGUAAAAUCUGAACCAAUCAGAGAAAAGAUAUUACGUGAUCAUCGCUCAUCAGCUGUUUUUUAACUUCACUUCAAAUAAUUUACGUAACCGAAAACAGUUACAGAACAUGUUCCCAGUUGCAACCGCCGUUUUUUGGGUUUACAUUCAACCAUUAAUUAAGUUAAAAAUAAAAUGUUAAAUUUAUUCAAUCAAGGUUUUUUACUUUAAAUAUGUCGUUAAAUUGAAUGCCGCCUUCUCAGGAUUGAUUGAUAAACAAAUUGGGUAAAUGCGAGAAUUUAAGAUUCUAACCCUGAUUUUAACUCGUCGAUUUCGUUGUUAUAGAGUUCAUUUUGGAGUUGAUAUUAUCAAAUUACCCGGACAUGGAAGUUCUGUUAUGAAGAGGGCACCAGUUGUCUCCAGCUAUGAGGAGAAGCACUUGUUGACUCUGAUCCCAACCCAUGAUCAUGAGACGAUCGACACCUUAUACAAGAACUGGAAGAGAACAUAUUUCAGUUCACCAGUAGAUCAGAUACGAGAUUAUUUUGGUGAAGGUGUGAGUUUAUAUUUCUCCUUUUCCUCCCUCUACACCAGGUUUCUCAUCAUAAUUGCGCUCCUAGGGAUCACGGAGUUCCUCAGUGAGAAAUAUUUAGGUAUGGAUCAUGUGUAUAGCAGUGUCGGAUUUACUUUACUUAAUAUAUUUGGUUUGGCACUCUACUUGGAGGUUUGGAAGAGAACUAGUAAUGAACAGUCUUACUUCUGGGGAACCACUGGCAAACUUAGGAACAAGAUCCCUAGACCAGAAUACAGAGGAGAUCUACGAAUGAGUCCUAUAUCUGGUAAGGAGGAGAUGUACUACUCCCCCAGUAAGACCAUGAAGAAGGUGUUGAUGGUCUCCGCCCCUCUCACCCUACUCUGCCUCAGUAUAGCCUUGAUGUUGAUGUUUGCUUCCCUCUAUGUUGAAGCGGAGCUCAUCGUAUACCUCACGGAUCCGGAAACAGGAGAGAUAUAUCCGGAUAUUUUCAGUUCAGUAUUAUCAAAUAUACCGUCCAUAACCUACAGUUUGCUUAUCAUCCUCUUCAACUCUAUUUAUCUCAAGAUCGCCAGAAAACUUACUAUUUGGGAAAAUCAUAGGACCCAAGAGCAGCAUGAUACUCACGUGACCGCAAAGCUGGUCGUGUUCGAGUUUGUUAAUACAUUCAUAGCACUUUUCUACACUGGAUUCUAUCUUCAGGAUCUCAAGUCCCUGAAAUCCCAGCUGUUUACAACCUUGAUGGUUCAGCAAGCUGUAAACCAAGUUCAAGAAGUUCUCAUCCCAUUCUUCCUUCAUAAACCUAGCUCAGUGAGGUUGAUGAGCAAAGUUUCAGCAAAACUAGGGAUUAAGCAGAAGAUCAUUGAGAGAAACGUUAAAAACAUUGAAGAGUUAAGCUCGGAAGAUCCAAGAAUCCAGCCAGUGCUCCAGGAUAUUGGAGCUGACCAUCUGGACUCCCUCCAUGAUGACUUUAUGGAGCUCUGGCUCCAGUUUGGUCACGUGUUCCUAUUCUCAGCUGUUUAUCCCCUCGCUGCUGUCUUAGCAUUAUCUAAUAAUAUUACAGAACUCUGGGCGGACAGGUACAAGAUGUGUAGGUUGACCCGUAAACCUCGGCCUGUAUCUGUUAGGGAUAUUGGAGCCUGGUACACCGCCUUCAAACUUAUAGGUAUGCUGAGUGUUUUGACGAACUGCUGCUUGCUGUCCCUUGACUUGAAGAGUAGGACCGAGGUUUCCUGGUUCUCCUCCGACCUGUCCUGGUUCUUGUUCUGGGUCCUGGUGGAGCACAUUCUGCUCUGUAUAUUCCUAGGCCUCGAUACUCUUAUCAGUGAUGUUCCUCGUCAUGUGAAGAUGGAACAGGAUAGGACCGAGCAUCAUUUUAAGCAGCUCUCUAUCAAACAAAAACAAGAAUAAGACGGAGCAUUUUUAAAAGCAGCUCAAAAACAAGAAAAUCACGAAGCAUCAUUUUAAGCAGCGCUAUAUCAAAAUAAAACUAGGAUAGGACGGAGCAAUAUUUUGAGCACCCAACUAUUAAUAAAACAGGAAUAGGAGGAAACUGUUUAAAACUAAACCAAAAAUAUAAAUGAGCAUCAUUUUCAGCAGCUAUCUAAUUUAUCAAACAAAACACAAGGGCAGGACGAAGCAUCAUUUCAAGCAGCUAUCAAUUAAACAAAAACAAGAAAACCACGGAACAUUCUUUUAAGCAGCUCUGUAUCACACUAAGCCAAGAAUAAGAAGGAGCAUCUUAAAAAGCAGCUCUUUAACGAAUAAAAACCGAAAUAGACCGGAGCGUCAUCUUAAGUAGAUUUUCAACAAUAUGUUAGGAUUGGGAAGAGUCGAUAAAUUGAAAACAAAUAAUAUAUUUUUUAUUUCAUCACAUGUAACAUGUAACAAAAUAAAUAUUCAUUCUAAUUCUUAAGAUUGUGCCAUAGCAUCCAAUCCGUCCAUUUGCUGCUAGUAUAUAUUUAGUGUGCAUGUAAGCUAUUUAAGCCAUAUUAUAAAAUUUAUAAUAAAGCUAUAAUUUUUU